GCUGGCUGUCAAUGAACUGAACGCCAGAUUUCGGCGAUACGGCACGAUGCAAUCGGGCUUUUAAUAUUAAUAAAAUCUCAAUUAAAACAUGCAUUACUCCAUUAGUGCGUGCUCGUAACUAACAAAACCCUUUUAAUAACAUAAUUACUUUCAAGUAUUCACUUCAUAUAGCUACGGCUUAGGUUAGAAUAGUUCAAGUCUCGUACACGUAUGCAGUGUCUCGGUUUUUGUAUAUUUCGGUCUUGAAAAUAUGACGUAAAGUGGGAUUUCCCUAUUCUAAGAUAAAGUUUCCAAGAUGCUGCCGCUGACCCAGAAGGACACCCGUUUCCCGCGCGGGCGUAUCGCCGGGCUCCGCGACAAGUUGACGAAUUGGUUUAGACUAAUUUACUCUGAUAAGAAUUCCAGAAAUUUGUUCCUAUUCCUUAUACUGAACUUGUCGUUCGCCUUCGUCGAGCUGUUCUAUGGUGUUUGGACAAAUAGUUUAGGUCUAAUCUCAGAUGCAUUCCACAUGUUCUUCGAUUGCACGGGCCUGGUAGCGGGCCUGGCAGCCUCCGUGAUAUCAAAAUGGCGGUCCAACGAGCGCUACUCGUAUGGAUACGCGCGGGCCGAAGUGGUUGCUGGCUUUGUGAACGGCCUGUUCCUGCUGUUUAUAGCGUUCUUUAUUAUGAGCGAGGCGGUGGAGAGGGCUAUUGAGCCUCCAGAGGUCAAACACGAACGGCUCCUACUCGUCUCAAUCAUGGGCUUCCUAGUCAACAUGGUGGGUAUAUACGCCUUCCACCACGGCCAUGCGCACGGCCACGGAGGCCACGGGCAUUCCCACGGCGGCCACGGCCACGCGCACAACGGCCAUGGACAAAGCCAUGACGAUGAGGUCAACACUGGAGCUGGGAGCGCCAUUAUGAGAGGCGUGUUCCUACAUGUGCUAGCUGACACUCUAGGCUCAGUUGGGGUUAUCAUAUCAGCUAUCCUAAUGAGGAUGUUCGGCUGGAUGAGAGCAGAUCCUAUAUGCUCCAUGGCCAUAGCCUUACUCAUCGCUGGAAGUGUUAUACCGUUAGUGCGGGACUCAGCCGGUGUUUUAAUGCAACGGACUCCUACAGCUUUAGAGCGCGCUUUACCAAACUUGUAUACAAGAGUGGUAGGGCUUGCUGGGGUCCAUGGGGUCCAGGAGCCUCAUUUCUGGACUUUGUGCAGUGAUGUGCAUGUUGGGGCCCUCAAGUUAGAAGUGGCAAAGGAAGUGGAUCCGCGGUAUGUGACGGAGCAGACCGCUAGGAUUUUUAGAGAGGCCGGUGUUAAGCAUUUGACGGUGCAAUUGGACUAUUCCCCGCUCUGAUCGUAAAUUAAUAUAAACUGUAGUUUAUUUAAGCCUUAUUGAAAACUGCUUGCGAUGACUUUAGGCGUCGUUGGCGUUCAAGGUUGUACAUGGACCUCCAAAGGUUACAUUUAGGCUCAAAGCCUAAUUUUUUUUUUGGCGCUAAAUGGUGCAGUUGUUUACUAGUUAAACACAUUAAAAUACAGCGUUUUUAGUCGUUCCUAAUUACUCUAUUUUUAUAUUUUUUGUCUCUAAAAACCAUCAUUGCGAAUAUUACGAUAACACACGUACAAAAUUUAAAAAAAACUGGUUAUAACAGAAUAGAGGUCCAUGGGUAUAAAAAUAGUAUGAAAAAUUCUAGGUUUAUACAGUUUUUUAAGUACAGUACUCUAUAUACAGGUGCGAUUAGAAAAAAUAUUACCCCAUUGAGGAUUUAUUUAUAAAGAUAAUAGUUGUAUUCGAACAUGUGACAAUCUGUAAAAAGGUAUUUAAUUUGCUCGUUUUGACUGCUAUGAAUGUUACUUUUAAGUAGGUACGUAUUAACAUUGUACAUCCAGUUCUGUUCGCUUUCAUCAUUAGAGUUAGACCAAGAAAAGUCUCCAACGAAUUUGAUCAUUUAUACAUCAUAAUUUCAUAGAAGUUUGACGUUUAAAAUAACACUUGCACUGCGUGUGCUAUUGCUAUCAAAAUCGUUGCAGACUUCUUGGUCUAACUCUAUCUUCCUAAUAUUCCAUUUCCUAUUGCAAACAACUUGUCACAAAUAAGCUAAUAAAAAUAUUUUGAAAGGGUUAGAUUUAUACCUUUUAUAAAUUGUCAUUUGUAGUAUAUUAAUAAAUUUGUAAAAAAUAUUUCAUAAUCAUCUGCCAAAAACAAAUGUAGCUGAAUUACAUUUAUAUUGUGGUCUGGUUAUUGAAAGUAAAUGAUCUUUUUCUUUAUAAUUUAUCACUCGAAAUUCAUACCUCUUCAGACAUUUUACUAUGUAAUAUUUUUUGUGAUAUUUUAAAUGAUCAUCUUCUGUAAAUACUGACUGUUCCAUAAAUUCUACUGUAAGUUGAAGUCGUAGGUAUAUAAAUAUAUAUAUUGAACUUAUAUUUUUGAAAUAAGGUGAUUUAAAAUUGUAUGUUUGUGGCUUCGAUGUUUAUUUAUUGACGCAUUAUGAUUGUUUUGAAUUCACAGUCUCAACCAAAAUGAAUUGUGUAAAAUUAAAAUUAAAAAAUGUACGCUAUGAACCUGUAGUAAUGCGAUGGUUGCGCUUUUAUCGUCUAUCGCGGCAUGGUCACUCGCAAUUACGUAGGUACUUGUUGGUGACGAACACGAUAACUUUUGACAACAUAAGCCUUUAAACAAUUACUGCUUUGGCUACAGUUAAAGAAAUAAAAGCCAGUUGCAUGGUCACUCAACAGUGAAGUAUGAAACGUGAAACUUCCCAUACAAUAAAAUUUUGCAAAUGCUUUAACGGAGACGGGCGGUUUGGUGCAAUCGACCUGACUCUAACGUACCUUACGUACCGGUACCGACAGUACCAAUAAAUAAGUGCAAUACCCCUUUGUGAAUGUGUAAGAUUUAAUUUUGAAACUUGAAGGCAUGAUUAUUUUUGUAUGUCCUUCAAAAGGUAAAUUAUUGGCACGCAAGCCAUGGAAUUAUAUAAGUUUCUGACGCACAAUAUUGUGUUCAAGUCAAGUUUAAGUACAUCAUCCCUUUGUUUGUUGCAUUUGUUGGAAAUGCAGCAUAUAUAAUAAUUAUUUAAAAAAAAAACACCUGGCGAAAUAUUACAGACACUUCACUCACGUUAAAUAUAUUGUUUUAUUUAUAAAUUAUGUGUUUAUGCAUUUCCUAUUUAUUUCAUAGCUAAAAUAAUAUGAUUGAUAUUCUUACAAAGCUAAGCUACGUCUAAUUUUUAUAUAUACAUUUUAAUUACUUAGGCGUUAUAUUUUUAUUGUUUUGUAAAGUAGUUUAUUUUUACGCCGAAAUUUGGCUUUAAUGGGUAUAUUGUGUUCCAUAGAGAGGCCCCCUAUCUUUGAAUUUACAUUCCAUUGUAGAUUGUUUUUGAAAGAGGUCCAGCGGUCCAUACAAUAAUCACAAAUUCUUUAUUUAAAAUAUGAGUUUUUACAAAUGUGCAAUACGUACUAAUAAAAAACUUAUUUCAAAAAAGUUUUUUGGAUAUGUUGUUGCAUUGGUCCGCUGAAAUUAAAAUAACUUAA